ACACACACAGAUACAAAUACCUAUAUGCUAUGGAGCCUCUCUGGUAUUUUCUCUCAGGACUGUAUUCUCUCCCAGAGAGGGAACUGGUGAGCAGAGCAGAUCUUCCAAGGAAGGAGACAGAUUUUGUUCUGUCAGGUCCCUCUGAGCUUGUGGAAGAGCAGUCAGAGAGGAGAGAGGAAAAGCCAGAGGCUGAGAGGGGGAGAGGGGAUCCGUUGCAGGCAGGGGAAGGCGUGACCUGAAUGGAGAAUGCCAGCCAAUUCCAGAGACACACAGGGACCUCAGAACAAAGAUAAGGCUUUGCCGACACACCGAGGGACCAGCUCCCAGACAAGUCAGACAGAGGGGAUCAGAGGCCAGGCACCCAGGCACAAGCAGAGGCAGGAAAAUGAGGUGGCUUCUUUUCUACCAUGCCCUGUGCCUCUCCCUGUUGAAGGCUUCUACCCACGUCGUAGAGCUAAAUGAUAUGUUUGGCCAGAUCCAAUCACCUGGCUAUCCAGACUCCUAUCCAAGUGACUCAGAAGUGACUUGGAAUAUCACUGUCCCAGAGGGGUUUCGGAUCAAGCUUUACUUCAUGCACUUCAACUUGGAAUCUUCCUACCUUUGUGAAUACGACUACGUGAAGGUAGAAGCUGAAGACCAGGUGCUGGCAACCUUCUGUGGCCGGGAGACUACAGACACAGAGCAGACCCCUGGCCAGGAAGUGGUUCUCUCCCCUGGCUUCUUCAUGUCCAUCACUUUCCGAUCAGAUUUCUCCAAUGAGGAGCGAUUCACUGGCUUUGAUGCCCACUACAUGGCUGUGGAUGUGGACGAAUGCAAGGAGAGGGAGGAUGAGGAGCUGUCCUGUGACCACUACUGCCACAACUACAUUGGCGGCUACUACUGUUCCUGUCGCUUCGGCUACAUCCUCCACACAGACAACAGGACCUGCCGAGUGGAGUGCAGCGAUAACCUCUUUACCCAGAUGACCGGCAUGAUCACCAGCCCUGACUAUCCCAACCCUUACCCCAAGAGCUCUGAAUGUCUUUACACCAUCGGGCUAGAGGAAGGUUUCGUAAUCAGCCUACAAUUCGAGGACACUUUUGACAUUGAGGACCAUCCUGAGGUGCCCUGCCCCUAUGACUACAUCAAGAUUAAAGCUGGUCCAAACAUUUGGGGGCCCUUCUGUGGAGAGAAAGCCCCAGAACUCAUCAAUACCCAGAGCCAUAAGGUUCAGAUCAUGUUCCACAGUGACAACUCUGGAGAGAACCAGGGCUGGAGGCUCUCGUACACAGCUUCAGGAAACGAAUGCCCAGAACUACAUCCUCCUGUCCACGGGAACAUUGAACCUUUGCAAGCCACAUAUUCCUUCAAAGACCAAGUAAUCGUCACCUGUGACACAGGCUACAAAGUGCUAAAGGAUUAUAUGGUGCUAGACAUAUUACAGAUGGAGUGUCUGAAGGAUGGGACCUGGAGUCAUGCGAUGCCCACCUGUGAAAUUAUAGACUGUGGAGUCCCAGCAGGGCUGGAACAUGGGCUGAUCACCUUCUCCACAAGGAACAACCUUACCACAUACAAUUCUGAGAUCAGAUAUUCCUGCCAGCAACCCUUUUACAAGAUACUUCAAAAUACCACAGGUAUAUAUACCUGUUCUGCCCUUGGGACCUGGGUGAAUGAAGCACUGGGGACAAGCCUGCCCACCUGCCAUCCAGAGUGCGGCCAGCCUUCCCGCUCCCUGCCAAACCUAGUCAAGCGGAUUAUUGGAGGCCGGAUUGCUGAGCCUGGGCUCUUCCCAUGGCAGGCCUUGAUAGUGGUGGAGGACACUUCAAGAAUACCAAGUGACAAAUGGUUUGGGAGUGGGGCCCUGCUCUCAGAGUCCUGGAUCCUCACAGCGGCGCAUGUGCUACGCUCUCAGCGCAGAGACAACACCGUGAUACCCGUCUCCAAGGAGCACAUCACCGUCUACUUGGGCUUGUAUGAUGUACGUGACAAAUCAGGAGCUGUCAACAGGUCGGCUGCUCGUGUGGUACUCUACCCUGACUUCAACAUCCAGAACUACAACCAUGACAUAGCUCUGGUACAGCUGCAGGAGCCUGUGCCCCUAGGACCCCAUGUCAGGCCUGUCUGCCUUCCAAAGUCUGAGCCCGAAGGCCUGAUCCCACACAUGCUGGGCCUGGUGGCUGGCUGGGGCAUCUCCAAUCCCAAUGUAUCCGUGGAUGAUGUGCUUGGGAGUGGCAUGCGAACGUCCACAGAUAUCCUGCAGUAUGUCAAGUUACCCGUGGUGCCUCACACGGAGUGCAAAGCCAGCUAUGAAUCCCGCUCUGGCAACUACAGUGUCACAGAGAACAUGUUCUGUGCUGGCUACUAUGAAGGUGGCAAGGACACAUGCCUUGGAGAUAGUGGUGGGGCCUUUGUCAUCCUUGACGAAGUGAGCCAGCACUGGGUGGCCCAAGGCCUGGUAUCCUGGGGAGGGCCCGAAGAAUGUGGCAGCAAGCAGGUAUAUGGAGUAUACACAAAGGUCUCCAACUAUGUGGACUGGCUGUGGGAGGAGAUGAACUCCCCACAAGACGUCAGGGAGCUCCAGGUAGAGCGGUGAGCUGACUAACUUCCUUGGGGCCUGCCUGUGCUGACCCAUAUCGAGUGAAACUGCACCACACACUUCCAGCUACACACUCCAUGUUACUUACCAGACCAAAUAGACUGAAUUUACUGACUGACCUAGCAGGGCAUUCAUCCUCCUGAGACAGCCCUAGGACCCAGGGAGGCAGCAUUGUGGUACAGGGGCAAGAUAUGAGGCAGGAGGCCUGGUCCAUGACUUGGACCAAGUCCUUUCCCCUUCCUGAGCCACAUCUUCCCGACAACAUAAUGAAGGAACUGAGCUAGAGGGCCUCU